UCUUGUCAAAAGUUUCUAAACAAAUUGAUGCGAAGUGUUGAAGUGUCCUUAAAAAUAUUUAUAUAUCGUUCCUUUAUAAAAUUAAAACGAGUAAAUUACUAGAAUAAAAAUGGUAAAGGCCUGGUAUAUGGAUGAUGAAAACACAGACCAACGUUUAGAGCACCACCGGAACCCCCCAGAAUUUAUUUCCAUAGAAGAUUUAUACAAAAAAACUGGCAUCGAAUAUUUUAAGUUAAAUGUGGACACAUUUAAAACUGAUGGAGUAUUGGACAAAAUAAAGAAAGAAAGGGGCUACAGCUAUGAGGAUCAAAUAACUGUUUCCGAAGAGUGCCUUCCUAACUAUGAAGAAAAGAUAAAAGCAUUUUAUAAAGAGCACUUGCAUACGGAUGAAGAGAUCAGGUUCGCUGUGGAAGGUUCCGGUUACUUUGACAUUCGUGAUGAUAGCGACCAAUGGAUUCGCAUUCUGGUGACUCCCGGAGACAUGAUCAUUAUUCCCAGCGGCAGCUAUCACCGUUUUACAGUUGACACUAAUAAUUAUUUAAAAGCAUACCGUUACUUCGUGGGCGAGCCGGUCUGGCUACCUUACAACCGGCCAGCAGACGACAUGGAUUGUCGCAAGGAAUAUGUUGACAAACUAAAAAAAGGGUUUAGUGUUGCCGCAUGAAAAAUCAAAUUAUAAUAUGUACCACCUUACAUAUCCUUUGAAUAGAUGCUCUGUUAGACAAUAUUGAAAUUUAUUUAGAAUAAAAAUGUAAAUCAAAAAUUAAUUUACAUUAAAAAUAUAAUGUGAUAUAAAUACAGAUACACAAGAAGGGAUAAAAAAUAAUUCUAUUUUGAGGUUCUCGAAUGUCUUUGUUAUAUGUAUAAAUAUAAAUAA